AUGAAUCCAAAUAAUCCCCCACCUCCAAAUUCUACAAAUCCGAACCCUCAAUUUCCAUAUCCAUAUCCAAAUUCUUAUUUCCCAAAUCCACAAAAUUUUAAUUCUCAAACCCCAAAUUCUCAAUACCCAUUUCCACAUUCUCAAAAUUCUCAAUAUCCAUUUUCAUAUCCUCAAAAUUCUCCAUAUCAGUAUCCAUUUCCUACAUUUUCAAAUUCACAAUUUGAAACUCAACAAUCACCUCCUAAUUUCGAAAAUUCUCCACACUCACAAGUGCCCGCCUUUAAUAAUAGAAAUUUUAUUGAUCUAAAUGAUGAUUUUGAGGAAACUGAAGAAGUACGAGAAAUUACUGGACAGUGGAAGUGGGCUGAAGAUAAGCUUUUAAUAAGUGCAUGGUUGAAUGUGUCAAUUGAUCCCCUAGUGGGCACUGAUCAAAAAGCCGACGCAUUUUGGGACCGAAUUCAACAAUAUUGCGAGGAAGAUAAUCCCGGUGUCAUCAAGAGAGGAGCUGCAGCUAUGAGAAAAAGGUGGCAACGCAUAAAUGAAGGUGCUCAGAAAUUUGGAUCAUGUUAUGAAGACGCUUAUAAGAAAAUGGGGAGUGGUGCAAAUUUGGAUGACGUAAAUGAGAAAGCUCAUAUUUUGCAUUCUGCCAAAUACAAAAAGAAGUCUAACUUUGAUAAGCAUUGGUUUGAGCUUCGUAGACAACCCAAGUGGAGAACUCCUUCAACCACUGACAGUUCGAAAAGAACUAAAAUAAGCAGCUCUGGAGCUUACUCAUCAUCGGGAAAUAACGAUACACCAACAAGUGAGAAUGUUGCUGAAUCUCCUGUUCGUCCUAAAGGUAGGGAAGCGGCUAAAAGAAAGGGAAAGGGAAAGGCAAGAGCGGUACAAGCGUCCGAUGAGUGGGAAGAAUUACGAGCUAGUACAUGUCGAAAGCUAAAUCUAAUGGAAGCAAUAAAUGAAACUCGUCAAAAGGAAAUUGAGACUCGAGAAAAAGAGAUUGAGGCAAAGCAAACUGAAAUGGAUUUACAAGUCAUUUUGGCAGAUACUACUAAAAUGAAUGAUAUUCAGCGGAUGGCUCAUUCAAAAUUGCUUGAAAAAAUUAUGGCAAGGAACUAG